AUGACUUGUCUUGGUGCAAUAGGAGUAUUUGUUCAGGCUUACCUUUCUCAAUCGAUGAAUGGCCUUCCUCUCCCACCAUCCCCUUCCACUUGGAGACUGAGGGGACACUUUCUGCCGCAUCGCAAGUCAUUUAUUGCCAUAGCGGGUUGGAUUAACGAGUACGGUCCUCUGAUCACUCUUCGGUCAGGACUAGAAAAUUUCGUGGUUAUCGGCCGUUACAAAGCAGCCAUGGAUAUCAUGGAGAAUCAGGGCGCAGCGCUAGCUGACCGUCCUCGCAAGAUUGCUGCUGGAGAGAUGUUUAGCGGUGGACAGGGUCUUACGCUCACACCCUUUGGGGAGAAGUUUCGCCAAAAGCGUAGAGCACUUCAUACGCACCUCCAACCUAAAGCAGCCGAAGCCUAUCAGCCUCUGCUGAUGUCACGUGCGAAGAACCUGGUCCUUGACAUUCUUGGUGAUCCACACAACUUCCAGAACCAUGUGAUAACGUAUGCACUUUCUGUCAUGACCGACUCGAUCCCAUGGCUCAAAUACAUUCCUUGGUAUGGCCGAGAAUUGAAGCGGGGGUUUGAGAGAAGCAAGCGGCUCCACACUGGUCAGCUGAACCGAGUAAAAGAGCAAAUGCGAAGCAAUGUGGACAUCGGUCCUUCGUUCACAAGAUAUAUGCUAGAAAAUAGCGAUCACCAUGGUUUGACAGAAGUCGAGACGGCUUUUCUCAGUGCUGCCUUUUUUGGAGCUGGUUCCGAUACGACUACCUUGGCCUUGUGCGCAGUGCUCCUGGCAGCCACGUGUUUCCCCGAGGAACAAGGUAAAGUUCAAGCUGAGCUCGACUGCGCGCCGACUUUUGCCGACCAACAAUCCCUUACUUGUCUGCGUGCCUUCAUCUCUGAGGCUUUGAGAUGGAGACCUGUUGCCCCUAAUGGAGUUCCUCACCGAACAACCAAAGACGUGAUUUGGGAAAGUUACUAUAUUGCAGCUGGGACUACAGUGUACGGCAACACUUGGGCCAUCUGUCGAGAUCCAGAAGUCUUUCCCGAGCCUGACGCGUUCAAGCCUCAGCGCUGGAUAAAUGAUCAAGGUCUCCUGAGAGACGAUUUAACCAAUUUUAUCUACGGGUUUGGUCGGCGAUCGGUAUUCAUAGGCACGGUCUUGAUUCUUUGGGCCUUCCGGCUCACCCUGGAUCCUACACAGCCGUUAGAUGAUAUGGGGUUCAUGAAUUCGGAGAAAACACAUCGGCCGUGCUCUAUUAAAUUCGAGUUGAGGAUUCCGGAAGCAGAGCUUAGUGCGCAUGAUGAAUAA